UUAAUACAAUUGACGUCAUAGAGGGGGGAUAUUCAAACUGUAACACGUGAGGAUUAUUCUAUUUGUGUGAGGAUUUCGUUUUCGUUUUAAUUUAUAAAAAUGUCCAACAAAAAUAUUUAUUAUUCCGAUAAAUAUUACGAUGAUAAAUAUGAAUAUAGACAUGUGAUGUUGCCAAAAGAAUUGGCCCAAUUAGUACCAAAAACUCAUCUCAUGUCAGAAGAAGAGUGGAGAAAGUUGGGUGUUCAGCAAAGUCUUGGAUGGAUCCAUUACAUGAUUCAUGAACCAGAACCUCAUAUUUUAUUGUUCAGAAGGCCAAUUCAAGGAAAACCACCAUCUCAAAUAGAACAAAUUCAACAAGAAGAGGAUGAUGAUGAUUUAUAAUUUAAACUAUAGACUGUAAAUAUUGUACAAUCUCUAAAUUUUCAUGAUUCAGUUAGAAAUGUUUUCACUAUUUUUUUUAUAAGUUUUUCAUAUAUUUUAAUAUAAUUUUUGACUAGAAUUUAAUGGUAGUUUGUUACCUAAACUAGGAAUGUAAUUAAUUUUUCUUGAA